CUCACACAACACAAACUCUAAAUUCAAAAUAUGACUAGUACCAAUUGGCCCCUUCCUCUACAUCUACAUCAAAAACUACUACUAGUACUAGUAUGUUUCACUAUGUUGUUAUUUUUGUCGGAUUUAGUAAUGUCUUUCACGGUUGAGGUUUCUGAUUCCAAUACCUCCACCGUUCCUUCUAGUUCCACACCACUAAUAGAUGGCAUUUCCACCAAGCAAGAUAAUGCUAGAACUGAUACUCGCGAACAACAAGCGAUUUAUGAUAUCAUGAAAGCGACGGGCAAUGAUUGGGCCAUUGACAUCCCUGAUGUUUGUCGCGGUCGAUGGCAUGGCAUUGAGUGCAUGCCAGACAAGGACAAUGUUUACCACAUUGUCUCCCUCUCCUUUGGUGCUCUCUCUGAUGAUACCGCAUUUCCCACAUGUGAUCCCACAAGUUCCACUAUUUCACCCUCCAUCAUAAACCUUCCUCAUCUUAAAACCCUCUUCUUUUAUCGUUGUUUUAGUUACAAUCCUCACCCUAUACCAUCUUUUUUGGGCCAAUUGGGCCCUUCAUUGCAAACUCUCGUUCUCAGAGAAAAUGGCCAUGUAGGUCCAAUUCCUAAUGAAUUGGGUAAUCUCACCCGUCUUAAAGUACUUGAUCUUCAUAAAAAUAAUCUCAACGGUUCAAUACCAGUUUCAUUGAACCGCAUAACCGGUCUAAGGUCGUUGGAUUUGAGUGUUAAUAGGUUAACCGGUUCCAUACCUGGUUUGACUUUUCCAAACUUAAAUGUAUUGGACCUGAACCAAAAUCGUCUAACGGGCACAAUCCCCUCUACUCUUUGGGAUUGUCACUCUUUGAUUAAACUAGACUUCAGUCGCAAUAGGCUUUCGGGCCCAAUUCCAGAUAAACUAACAGGCCUAAAUGACCUUAUGCUAAUGGAUUUAAGCUUCAACCGUAUACAAGGCCCAUUUCCAAAGUCACUAAAAAGUUUGAGUUCCCUUCAGGCCCUGAUUCUUAAAGGAAACCCAAUGGGCUCAACAAUAGUACCCGACGAUGGGUUUGAUGGCAUGAAGGGUUUAAUGAUCUUAGUUAUGUCAAAUACGAAUUUACACGGCUCAAUUCCAGAAUCGUUGGGAAAAUUAACGAACCUCCGUGUGCUUCAUCUUGAUGGGAACCACUUCAACGGGUCGAUCCCGAAAAGCUUUCGGAAUUUGAGAAGCCUUAGUGAACUAAGGCUCAAUGACAAUGGCCUAAUUGGGCCAGUCCCAUUUGAAAGAGAAAUGGUUUGGAGAAUGAAAAGGAAACUAAAACUUUCUAACAAUUUAGGGCUUUGUUAUGAUGCAAGUAGUGGUCUUGGAGAUAGUGUGGACUUUGAUUUUGGCAUUGGUUUGUGUGAGAGUUCAAGUCCAGGUUCAGGUAGAACAGUGCAACAUGUUUCAGAUAGAGAAAAGCCCGGCCCAAAGACGACAUUAAUGGAUGAUGUUUCAAUCUCAUCGGAUGCCUCAUUUACAAGGUCAAUGAGAUUGGCUACUUUUGUACUCUUUACAUUAAUUUUCUUGUAAGUAAGGUAUAUUCAUUUAUAGCACAUUAGCAUAGGAAAAGAAUCUAAGAAAGACCUUGUAAUGUUACUGCCAAUAAGUUGGAAAAUAGUUGUUGUCACCAUUAAUUAGAUACAAUGUCUCAUAAAUAAGAUAAUUAAACCAACUGAUCGAUAAAGGUUAAAUUUAUCUGAAGAAGCUAGACUUCCGCAACGUGAUGACCAGAACAAAUUUUAGUUGUCUGAAAGAGAUAUUCAUAUUUAGUGUCUAACAUGUCUCGAAUAAGUGUCUCAUGAGAGAGAGAGUUUUGGAUGGUUAAUUAUGUGCAUAGGUUUUUUUUUUUGGUACAAUUAUGUGCAUAGGUUUACUUGU